GCAAGUAUUGGAAAAGUAGAAUUAGUUGUGGUUCUAGAUAGAUCCAUUAACCAACUAGGAAGCAAAGUGGGAGUUCCCACGGUCUCAACAGUCAACAGUGAGCAGCGAUUUGAUUAGAUAUUAAUUAAUUAAAUGAAAAUGAAGAGGAUGAAAUAGAAUAUGAGGAGGUGUGAUUAUCUUGCUGUAACAGCAACAACUGCAAUCGAGAGAGGGGCAUGUCGAUGGUGUUGAGGAGGGUGUGGGAACUGGUGUCAAGCACGUCGAGAGGGAACGUGGAUGGGAGCGGAGCAGAGGCGUGUUCCCGAUCCGAUUUGGGAGAGCUGGAGCAGCUGCCGGGAGACAUAUUGUUGCAAAUCCUGAGGGAGUUGGGGCCCAAGGAUGCAGCCAAGAUGAGCUGCGUAUGCAAGUCUCUCAGAUGCCUCGUUUUCGACAAUCGUUUGUGGGUUCACUUCCUUCAGACCCAUCACCCCGACCCUUCUUCCGACUCUCUCUUCUUUGCUGAGGCCACCUUGAGCUAUGGCUACCCUCUCCCUCUUCCACCCUUCCAUGCCCGCACCCCCCAGCUCUCCUUCAAGCAUAUUUAUGGCCAACGAGCACGCGUUCCUGGUUCCGUUAUCAUUGAUGGCGGUUCUGGCUAUUGCAAAUUCGGUUGGAGCAAAUAUGCCUGUCCAUCCGGCCGAUCAGCAACGUUUUUGGAAUUCGGUAACAUCGAGUCUCCAAUGUAUACUAGACUACGACAUUUUUUUGCAACUAUAUAUAACAGGAUGCAGGUGAAACCAAAUACACAACCUGUUAUUGUUUCCGUACCAAUAUGUCAUUAUGAUGAUACUGAAUCAGCUAAAGCAUCAAGACGGCAGCUUAAAGAAGCAAUCUAUGCUGCCCUGUUUGACAUGAAUGUUCCCGCUGUUUGUGCUGUCAACCAGGCAACUCUAGCUCUGUUUGCUGCAAAACGUACUUCUGGAAUAGCUGUUAAUAUAGGUUUUCAAGUCACAUCUGUAGUUCCAAUUUUUAAUGGUAAAGUGAUGCGCAGUGUGGGCGUGGAAGUUGUGGGACUGGGAGCACUAAAACUUACAGGAUUUCUGAGGGAGAAGAUGCAACUCAACAACCUAAAUUUUCAGUCUUUAUACACUGUCCGCACAUUGAAAGAGAAGCUGUGCUAUGUUACUCUUGAUUAUGAAGCUGAGCUAUCAAAAGAUACACAAGCAUCAUUUGAAGCUGUUGGAGAAGGACGGUUUACACUUUCAAAAGAGCGGUUUCAAACUGGAGAGAUUUUAUUCCAGCCUCAUCUUGCUGGAGUGCAAGCAAUGGGUUUGCACCAGGCCAUAGCUCUUUGCAUGGAGCAUUGCCAUUCUGCGGAAUUAGCAGGUGACAGUGAUUGGUACAAGACUGUAGUUUUAUCAGGGGGUUCUGCAUGCUUACCAGGUUUGGCAGAAAGGUUAGAGAAGGAACUAAAGGCCUUACUUCCUCCCUACAUAUCCAAUGGAACCAGAGUCAUACCUCCUCCAUAUGGUGCCGAUACUCCUUGGUUUGGAGCAAAGAUCAUUGGCAAUCUGAGCACAUUUCCUGGUCCAUGGUGUGUGACAAAGAAGCAGUUCCGACAGAAGCCGAGACUCAACCUCAUUUGGUGAUUCACCGGUCUCAUCUAAAUCUUUUUCUGAAUGUAAAUUAUUCAUCCUCCUCCUGCACAACAGCAGGAGUGAAUUAUAUAGCAGGAUUUAUUGUAUGCGUAAAUAAUGUGACUUCUUUCUUUACAAAAGUAUAGAUGGUAAAUGGGCUGAUAUAUGUACACAACAAUAAUAGGAUAAAAAAUAUUCUUAUAUUGCAACUUGCGACGAAGCUAUAAAUAAAAUUGCAGUCCACAAAAUGAAGGAUUCGAUGUAUCACAAACGAUGUCAUGGUAGUGAAAUACAUUGUUAUGAUUUUUCGGCUACCACCAAGGUCUUUAGUCAUUUGAAUGGACGGGUUUACCA